GCUUAUCGAUGGUCAGAAGGAUUUUUAAUUUGUUUACGAUGUAAAACCUCAGCAUUACGUGACUUUAAAUUAAUUACGAAACCGUACAAGUGCAACAAUAGUGGCUCACUACGAAAUAUUUCCAUUGUGAGAACAUUUCUGGAGCUCGUUUUCCACUACUACACAGGCCCAACGGAUUUGUAGGUUAGGUUACUGUUGACAUUGAAUGCGAGUCAUUUGCAAAGUUAUGUUAUUCUAUUCGGGCUUCAAUCCAUCUGCCUUGACCCUCAACAAUGAUGGGCUAGUCAGUGAUGGAUUUUCCAAACUUUCGGAGGAUUUUACUGAAGUGAACGUGAUGUGGAAUUACUCUUUGGUGUGGAAGGGAUUGGAUUUGUUGAUCUCUGGGGAUUUUGGAGGAGGUAAUGAUACGAGAUUGCUGGUCUCACCCGAGGGGAGUGGAUCAAAGUUUAUUCAUGCACUUGCUGGUACGGAUACCGUGACGAUUGUCUCAGAAAGUCAAAAAAUUUGGCAGUACAAAAUUUACGAAGAUCAGUGGAGAGAAAUAGACAAUUUCCUACCCAGCAAUGACGAAAAUCUGGAGGAAUCCAUUAGCAAAAUUGAGAGAAACAGCUGCAUUGUCGCCCUGACGAAUUUAGGAAGGCUUUUUAACGUUCCAAACUUGGUGGACAUGCCUAAGAGGGUGAAAUUCGUGGAUGUUGCUUGUGGAUUCAAUCACUCGAUUAUCCUUGCUGAUAAUGGAGAUGUAUACUCCAUGGGAAUGGGCACGAGAGGACAGUUGGGCCACGGUGAUCUAGAAGACUGCGAUGAGCCGACCUUGAUUGAAGCCCUGGCUGGCCUGAAUGUCAUCCAAAUUGCUGCUGGAGGCUGGCACAACGCUGUCCUUACCAGUGAUGGUGAUUUGUACACCUGGGGGUGGAACACUAAUGGAGAACUUGGAAUUACGAGUGAUCAAAAGGUCAUAGCACUGCCUGCAGUCGUUGAUUUCAAAACUGAAGAUGGAAAUAUUGUGAAUGAACGCGUGAAGAAAGUCCAGUGUGGAAACAAUUUUACGAUAUGUUUGUCAGUUGAUGGAAGUCUCUGGGGCUGUGGUUCCAAUAAAUAUUACCAACUGGGCCAACCGAGGGCCGACGUCGAAGUUACCACGAAAUUUAUCAAGUUGAAGACUGAUUUUGGAAGUAAAAAAAUUGUGGAUAUUAGUUGUAGGGAGUGGGGAACUGUAUUAAAUGUUGAAUAAACUUUUUUUAAUUCUA